ACUAGAAACAACAUGUUUAAUCUUCCAAACCUCCCAAAUCUUCCAAACCACCCGACCGCCACAUCCUCGCUGAAUGUGCUGGUUGGUUCUAUAUUUCUUUACUAUCUUCACAGGAAGAUUUCACAGCGCAUGCUAAACAACUUCCAACCCAGCGAAGCAUGGAACCCAGAGAAGGAGCUGGUCCUUUUAACUGGCGGCAGCGGCGGCAUUGGCCAACAGAUCGCGGAAGACCUUUCUCGCCAAAAGGUACGCGUUGUGAUCCUCGAUCUCAACCGGCCGACAUUUGAACUCCCCGAAAACGUCAUAUUCUAUCAAACAGAUAUCACAUCCAGCCAAUCAAUCUCGGAAACGGCUGCUAUUAUCCGAAAGACCCACGGAGACCCCACUGUCCUCGUGAAUAAUGCCGGGAUUACCGAUUAUUCGACGAUCCUCGACGUCGAAGAGAAGAAGCUGCGUCGGAUGUUCGAUGUCAACGUCGUCGCCCACUUCCUCACGGUGAAAGAGUUCCUUCCGGCCAUGAUCCGUGCUGGCAGCGGUCAUGUCGUUACUAUCGCCAGUGUGGCAAGCUUUGUCACCGUGGGUGAGAUGGUACAUUAUGCCUGUACCAAGGCUGGGGCUCUUGCUUUCCACGAAGGUCUCCGGCAAGAAUUGAUCCAUUGGUAUAAAGCUCCGAAUAUCCGAACGAGCGUCGUUCACCCCCUUUGGGUUCAAACCCCCAUGAUCAAAGGCUACACUGACUAUCAAUCCGACUUCCGUCAAUCGGUGAUGAAUCCCAAGGCUGUUUCAGAGGCAGUGAUAGAGCACAUAACCUCUCGUCAAAGUGGUCAGAUCAUUCUUCCUAGGGCUCGUUCCUUGAUUGGGUCGCUGAGGGCUUUGCCGCUAUGGCUACAAGAGAUGUUACGGUCAAGCUUCUCAGCGGUUCUUUGGCGGGUGGGAGAUAAACGAGCUGCUGAUGCGAAGGUUGCUGACUCGCCUGUUGCUUGA